AUGUGGGUUGCACGAGCUCUGAAGGAAAAGGCACAUGCAGUCCAGAGAGCAUCAGAGAAGGCUAUUGAAAAGGUCAAAGCAACAGGCCUGGGCACAUUCAUGAUGAAGGAGAAGGGAAACAUCACCGAAACAGCUAGGGGAAUGCUGAGAGACCUUGUGGCCUUCCACAAUGUGCCGGCUGCCCAUGCAGGAGGAGUAGUGUCCAUGGUUACAGCUGCCGUGGGUGUGACUGUCAAGGGGAGAGCAAGUAAGCGCAGUAUAGGACAAAUUGCAUUAGAAGGAGGUGAAGCGGCCAAUAUACAGGCAGUGGAUGAGAUUGUUGGGUCCAAAGGCAUUACACUGAGCGGAGAUGGUACAACUCACAAAUAUGUGAAUUAUGAGUCCCGCCAUAUCAUGUUUACCACGUCAAGUGGUGAGAAAGUCAAUUGUGCAAUUGGUGUCCACUCCGCUAUCAAUCAUACAAGUGAGACUCAGCUGGAGGGAUGGUGGGAACUCAUACUGGAGAUGUACAGGACCUACAAUGUGUCCUCGAGGGCAAAAGAAUACCAGGCAGACCCCCGAGAAUUCUAUCUUGCAGUCAAAGGUGUAUCCAUGGACCAUGCUGAAGAUCAAAAGAAGUUUGAAAAGCAUCACGCACCAUCAGUUGCCAAAGCAACCUGGGAAACAAUCUCAGCAGCAGGGGGGCUGGAAGUAUGGCAUGGAUUAUCAAACAGGGAAAGGGAAGUCCAUUUAUCCAUGGCACUUUGUGCAAUACAUAUCAAAAUUGGCCAGGAGGAGUUUGAUGGGCUGUCGGACAUCGAGAAGGAUGCUGCAACAUUUUCCGUCUUCCUAGGGGUCGUCAAGGACAAGAAGGAAAAAUGUACCCUCACAAACAUCAAGAAGAAUGUUCUCACUGGAUUACUUGACCCAGAGACGAACUCCAAGAUGUGUCCCCUUGCAAUCUACUCCCAGAUAAUCACUAUUCCUUUCAUGCAACAAGUGAGAGGUCCAACAGGAGAACAUACCAUUGUUUUGGAUCUGGGACCUCUUCUCAUCAAAGUGAUUGCCCAUUGCACAGCAAUUGUUGCUGAUCCUGACCUUGUUUUGGCACCUGAUGCAAGAUAUCAAACUGCAACCCUUGACGGCCAGCCAUUUGAGCGUCCAAAGGACUGCUGGUGGAGUUCUUCCACGGUGCCAAGGACACAUGGGAGCGGUUUUACAAAACAAUACUGGCUUGUAUAUCAAAAAUAUUCUUCAUUCCUUGGUGGAUCAAAAACUCCUUCAGAAAAGAGCUCACAAGAAGGGUUCCAGUGGUCAUCAGAAGAAGCGGCACCUCGCACAGGCAUCAUAUGA